AUGCCUCUCGACGGAGUCAAGAACAUUGUCCUGGUCCUCUCAGGCAAAGGCGGCGUCGGCAAAUCCUCCGUCACGCUACAGCUCGCCCUCGCCCUCACGCUGCAAGGCAAAUCCGUCGGCAUCCUCGACAUCGACCUGACCGGCCCGUCCAUCCCGCGCCUCGUCGGCCUCGAAGACGCCAAAAUCACCCAGUCCCCCGCCGGCUGGGUGCCGGUCCCCGUUCACAGCGCAACCGACAAUGCAACCGGCCCCGCCACCGGCUCCCUGCGCUGCAUCUCGCUGGGCUUCCUCCUCCGCGACCGCGGCGACGCCGUCAUCUGGCGCGGCCCCAAGAAAACCGCCAUGAUCCGCCAGUUCCUCUCGGACGUCUCGUGGGGCGAGACCGAUUACCUGCUUGUGGAUACGCCGCCCGGCACGAGCGACGAGCAUAUCGCCCUCGCGGAGCAGCUGCUUACCACGGCGACGACGGAUGCGGCAGCGGCAGCGGCCGGGGGGAGGCCGCGGCUGGCGGGGGCGGUGCUUGUGACGACGCCACAGGCGAUUGCGACGUCGGAUGUGCGCAAGGAGGUGAACUUCUGUGUCAAGACGCGGAUUCCGACCCUCGGGGUUAUUGAGAAUAUGUCGGGCUAUGCGUGUCCGUGCUGCGGGGAGGUGUCGAAUAUCUUUUCCAGUGGCGGUGGGCGUGCCAUGGCGCAGGAGAUGGGGAUUAAGUUUCUCGGGGUUGUGCCGGUGGAUGUCAAGUUUGGUGAGCUCGUCGAGGGCGGGAAGAUCCAGGAUGGGAGUGACAGUGAGGACGAGGGGGAGACGGCGCGACAGGAGCCAGAGCCUGAGGCGGUGGAUGACCGGCCGCUGGUGGAGCGGUAUAAGGAUUGCUGGUCGUAUCCACGGUUCGAGGAGUUUGCGCGCACGUUAAUUGCGGAUAUAGAUGGAGCUUAG